AUGGAUUCUUCUAGUGAACAACAACAUCAGCAAAUGUCUAACCAGUCGUUGGAGAGCAUGUUAACAUGUUCAAAAGGAGAGCCAGACAAAAAGGCAAAACCUCAACCAGAAGCUCUAAAAUGUCCGAGAUGUGACUCGGGCAACACCAAGUUUUGUUACUACAACAAUUACAGUCUUUCGCAACCAAGAUAUUUCUGCAAGUCAUGUAGGAGAUAUUGGACUAAAGGAGGUACGUUAAGAAAUGUUCCUGUUGGUGGGGGGUGUAGAAAGAACAAAAGAUCGUCGUCGGUGUCAAGAAGAAUUCAAGAUCAAGCAUUUGUAAACAAUCCGAAUCCGGUCACUUGUUUCCCUUCGUUGUCUUAUGAUUCCAAUGAUCUUACUCUUGCUUUAGCUAGGCUUCAAAAGGGUCAACUUGGAUUUGAUCAUGAACAUGAUUUUUCCAUUUUAGGAAACCAUGCCAACUCAAACAUAAACAUAAACACAAACAAUCAUGGUAUGAACCAUUCCUCAAACAAUCAUGGUUUCUUUGAAGCAAUUAUGGGAUCUCAGAACAAUGUGCAGAAUCUGUACUAUGGAUAUGGGAAUAGGGACAUGGGGGAAGUGGAUAAUGGCAAUGUUAGUGGUGAAAUGAUGUUGCCUUAUGAUCAUGAAAUGAGCAUUGCUACAACUCAAGCAGUGACAGUAACAACCAUGAAACAAGAAAUGUGUAAUGUUAGGGAACAGAAUGAAAAUAGGGUUUUGUUAGGUUUUCCAUGGCAGUUCAAUAAUGGAGAUUCAAACAUGGCUGAAAUUGACCAUUCUGGAAGAGCUGGGUGGAAUGGUCUCACUUCACCUUGGCAUGGUCUUCUCAAUAGCCCCCUAAUGUAA